CUCCCUCCUUUCGUCAUUAUCGAAUCUCGCGCGCUUCACGCAGCCUCUUGAGAUGGCAGUCCGCCUUCCGACCCAAGGCAGGGCAGGGCGUGAUGAGGCGAGGCGCAAGGGAGAGCACGAUGUCAUCGUUGAAGAAUGGCCUCCUGGUAUACUGUUGGCCUCCAGGCCGACAUCGAUGCCUUUGCAACUUCUCCUGUUCAUUCACCGUUUCAACCAUAGCAUAAUGUCUGGUCAUACGAACGACUACUACAGCAUCUGAUCCGAUCUAAACCUACUUGUUGAAAGCUCUGUAUAGCUAGCUCAUUUGGUGUGGUAUUUCACUCUCAUGCGAGCAGCUUCAGCAGCUGUAAAUACAUCACGAUGGUGGCAAAGUGUAAAGAGGUCUUCGCGUUCGGCGCGGCGGUAUGGUCGAUACUCGUCGCGGCUACUCCAGUCGACUACUUCCCCAUCAACUCACAACUACCACCCGUAGCCCGCAUCUCAGAAGCAUUCGAAUUCACCUUCUCUCCACUGACGUUCUUCUCCAAAUCCGAUAUCACGUAUCGGCUCGGCAAGGCACCGAAAUGGCUCUCGAUCGACAGUUCCUCGAGGCGGCUUUUCGGAACGCCGAGCGACGAAGACGUUCCGCCGGGCGAGGUGGUGGGCAUCCCGAUCGAGCUGAUAGCUGAGGACGAGACGGGGUCCGCGACGGCAAAUCCGACUUUGGUGGUAUCCAGGAAUCGGCCGCCCGUCGUCGAAGUGCCCAUCUCGAAUCAGCUCCCCAAGCUCGGGACGUACAUAGCGCCAUCUACAUUACACCUUCACCCUUCGAAGCCGUUCUCCUUCAGCUUCGACGAGCACACGUUCCGAACUGACAGCGGAGACGGCGGACUAAACUACUAUGCGGUCUCCGGCGACAACGCACCUCUACCCUCGUGGAUCACCUUCGAUGCCGGAAAACUCUCCUUCUCCGGCAAAACGCCCCCGUUUGAAUCCCUCGUCCAACCUCCCCAGACGUUCACUUUCCAGCUAGUCGCGUCCGACGUCGUGGGGUUCGCAUCCGUCUCGGUGUCUUUCUCGAUAGCGGUAGGGAGCCACGAACUAACCGCCGAGCCGCCGGUAGUCAAGCUCAACGCGACGCACAAAAAGCCCUUCGAAUACAAAGACCUGAAAAACGUGCUUAAGCUUGAUAAGAAGCCUCUGAAGCCGGAGGAUACCGUGACCAUCACCGCGUUUGAUCUACCGACAUGGUUGUCCUUCGACAACAAAACCUGGGAGUUGGCUGGCACGCCCAAGACAGCAGCCGAGUCGUCUAAUAUAACUAUAGCCGUGACGGACAAAUAUUCCGAUACUCUGAAUCUCACCAUCUCGAUUCAUUUCGGCCUAUUCAUCUCGGACCUGCCCGAUCUCAAUCUCAAAGCAGGCGUGGACUUCUCGUUUGACUUGAAGAAAUACCUCUCGAAGCCCGAGGACAUCCGGGUUACGAUAGAGGACGAAUUCGGGGCCUCGUGGGCCGAUUUCAACUCUUCCUCAUUGCUCCUAUCGGGCUCUGUUCCUAAGCAUAUAACAGAAAAGGCUCGUGCCACGCCGCACAUCGUCUUCAGCGCAACUUCUAAGAACACAAACGAGACGGAGACCAAAACUAUGAAUAUUUAUCUUACCGCUUCUCCUACCGCUGCACCCGAACCAAGCGCCGAGCCGGAAGAGCCCAACACGGACGACUCGAACAAGAACCUGCUCUGGCUGCUUAUAAUACCGAUCUUCCUCAUUUUCGCCGGCAUCGUACUUCUCCUCUUCUACGUCCGGCGGCGGCGACAACAGCCGAGGCGGAUAGAUGUUAGGGAGGUAUCCGGGCCCGUGCCGGGAAGCUUCACUGGCCAUCAUCCUUCCGAAAGCCGCAAGGUCCCGGUUGUUAGGAUAAUAGAUAUAGCGCCGCCGCGGGAUUCCGAGAGCACAGCCGCGCAGAAGCAUCGCGUGUCGAUGAGUGGCUCGAACCGGCGCUCCCAGACCGCGUCGAGCCCGAGCUUGACCGGGAGCAUGAUCCCCCACGCCAUGAUGGCGAUGUACUCCAGGGCGAAGUCGCCCGAGCACAGCGUCAUUCUGGAAGCGAGUAGCUCCUUGUCGGCGGGACGGGAUAACGCCUCGUCUCCGCAAACCGUAGGGGGAACGGACGAAGCCAGCCUGCUUUCGGACACCAGUAUUGGCGAAGCGGAUGCGUAUAUCGCGGAAGCACAGUCUUAUAUCAUUGCCACGAGGCCCCGAAACGACGCGUUCCAGAGCCUCUCGGUCCCGAUAAAUACCGAAUCUUUUAGUAUACAAAACACGCCGGAAAUUGCCUAUACGGCAAAUCCCAGAUAUGACACCGAUUCGAACAGCGCGGUCCCGCCAGCGGUAGGCUACGUGGUACGGCCGAAGUCGGGACAGCAGCAAGAUCCCGGGUUUGACCUCCGCAGCGUCGGGAAGCGAAUAUCUAAUUUAUGGAAGAGGGAGAGCGGAGGCCAACCUACUACUAUUACUACUGCUACGACUACUAAUAAUAACCAACAACGGAAUAGUAUCCUGAGCGACGCUACGGGCCAAACUACUCGCACGAGCAUUUUGACAUCGGGGAUCUCCGGAGUAGGGGAGGAAGAGGCCACGACGAGUACGAACGUAGUCGCGAGGCCGACUAUAAUACAUAUACCCAGCCGACCGGGCGAAGUGCGGCAGAUGAGCAGGAGAGUAAACGGGUCGUCGUCGUUAUUCGGCCGUCGGUCAACCAUACUAUCAUCAGGGAAUGUCGGGUUAAGGAGCCAGUCACCGGAGACAAUUUUGCAUCAAACCCCGGAGCUGCCACCAACUCUGGACGACUGCAUAAACCCUCGUGACAGCGACUCGUCGUGGGACCGGCUUGCAAGGAAUUCCUUGGGCAUCGCAUUUAAGGAUCUCCUCGCCGAGCCGGAAAAGGCCAUCUCGCGGGAGGAAUCACCAGCCGAUAUACCUCCAGAAGGUAACUGGAUGACCUACGACUUAAACCACAAUCUCCUAUCCCCAGGCCAAUGGCCGCAGCAGAACGUAUCCAUCAACAUGGUCGGCAUAGUGCGAACCUCACCUGCCAAUAUCCCGAGCGAAAUCCCUCGACUUCCACCACCCCGCACGGCGGCGGCAUUCGUAACAUCUAAAGGAGAAGAAGAAAAAAGCAAUAGAUUCUCGAUAAGACGCGGCCCGUCACAAGCAUCCCAGACCACCGUCCGCAACACGCCGUCGACCAGCUCGAGAUCGGACGUAACCUACUCGUCCCGAGACGAGCAUUCGCACUUCAGCCAUACCCGGCGGCAAGCCGCGCCCAGCGAGAGCGUAGGUCCGACGUCGUCGUCGUCGCAGACGCCCUCGAUAGAAAACGGGUGGGCGCCGCCGCCGACGCGGCCACUACCACGGACGCCGACCCAGAUGAGCACAACGAUAAGAACAAUGACAGGGCCAGGCAGGGUGCCGCUCGCAAGCCGGCCGAACCAGCUGUUCUAUGCAGCAGCAGUAGCAGCGGGGGGAGGCGGGGCGGGCACGUCGGGCGUCGAGAACAUGUCUUCGGCGACGGCGACGACGCGGUGGAAGUCGACUCGGAGCAUGAAGAGCGCCAAGAGUCUGCGGAGCGUCUGGGCUGACGAAGAUGACGAUGACGAUGACGAUGCGUGGGAGGAUAUACGUCCGCCAACGACUAUCGACGGAUGGGACGACGGCGUCGAUAGUGAUGGGAGCUUUGCGGUUCAUAUCUGACGAAUGUACUAUGAUGAAAAAAGAAGAGAUGAGGGCUGAUACCUAUUUACUUACCUCCUACUUAGCCUAACCUAACCUACCUAGCUUAAGGAUAUUAAUGACAUUAAUACGCUAUUUAAUGUGUAUUUGCUGGAACGUCACCUAUUCUAAG